AAAAUUUUUUAACAUUAUUUCCUUUUAGCCAUAGCGCUCUCUAGUCCACCGGGCGAGGUCCCCGGGCCUCCGCCGCACUCCCCAACUUCCGGGGCUGUGCCUAUGUCCCUCAACCAGUCCCACGUCCCACCACACCCCCCACCGCAGCAUCUAUUUCCACGUCCAGCUUUACAACCACGAAAGCAGCUGCUGGCUCCAUCUCCACUUUAUAAGCAGCACUCUUGGUCACCGGAUAUUUACCGGGAUGAAGCUUGGCUUAGGCGUAAAGGAAAGAGCAAGAAUCGGAGAAGCAAGAGCGUUACUGAUGAAGAUCUCGAUGAACUCAAGGCUUGCAUCGAGUUAGGUUUUGGGUUUGACUCACCGGAGGUGGAUCAACGCUUAUCUGAUACUUUGCCUGCUCUGGGCCUUUAUUAUGCUGUUAACAAGCACUACUGCGACACCAUUUCUAAGUCAGUCACGGCGACGACGUCGUCUUCGUCCACGGCGUCUGACUGUGACUCACCGUCUCCCCUGGGCAGUCCCCACACCAUCUACGCUCCAGGAGACAAUCCUCAGACGGUGAAGACAAGGCUAAGGCAGUGGGCGCAGGUGGUUGCUUGUUCGGUGCGGCAAUGUUCAAGGUGAUGAUGGUGAUAUUGAUAUGUAGCUAACUAGACAUGAUCAGGGUUUAAAUGGGAACAAAACUAGAGUCCUCAAAAGUAACCAAGCAAAUCAACAUCAAGAUUAAUCAUCAACUUGUUUGAUACGAUAACGAUCUUCUCCCCACCAACUUUGUAUGUUUGGACUGAUGGGAUCUUUAAAUGAAGAAAGAAAAGGAAAAAAAAAUAUAUAUAUAAAGCAAAAUGUGAAAGUUAAACCCCAUCUGGCCACCAUUUAAAGGGCAAAAA